GAAUAAUGUUAUAAUUUUGCUGGCUUGCUUAUAAUUACUUGCUUUUACUAUUCAUUAUAUAAUAUAUACUUAAGUGUGAAAACUGGGUGUACUACAUGUAAUUUCGGAGCUUGACUGGAUUCUUAAUUUUGUCCUCAGGUUGACAACAUUGAAUGAAGUCGCACCUAAUGUGAGAAAAUCGUGGAUUUAUUCUGAAGUCAGAAUCCUCUUAAUUUCCUGUCUCGUCCCGGCUGCCUCGCGGUGUCUUCACGCAUCCGCGUUGUCCUAUGUUUUCCUUGCGGAUGUAGCCCUCGUGCCCCUGCGAGGCAGGCGGGUAGUGGUGCGGCCGAAGUCUGCGGCGGAGCGAUCUGCGCGACGACAAAGAGACGACGAGGUGUUGUUAGCAGGGAGAUCCCAUUACAGGACGCAUGUAGUAAUAUGCUCGAAACAAAAGCGUAAGAAGCGAGAGACCUGCCGUCCAAAAAAAGCGACACAUCUCCUUAAAAAAUCCAAUCUGGUUAACCGCAGUAAUUUUUAGUGGAUUUAUAGGCUACUCGCGUGGGAAUGGAGAAGAAAAGGUGGGAUUGCACUGCUCUCCCCAAGGGCUGGAAAAUGGAAGAAGUGACCAGAAAGUCGGGUUUGUCAGCUGGAAAAAGCGAUGUCUAUUAUUUUAGCAGAGCAGAAGAGCAAGAUGAGGAACAGAGGCAAGAGAGGGGGGAGGCGGGUCGGUUGUAUAGUUUGUGUCCAUCUGGGAAGAAGUUUCGGAGCAAGCCUCAGCUGGCCCGUUACCUUGGUAACCAGAUGGACCUCAGCUCCUUUGAUUUCCGCACGGGGAAGAUGCUCAUGAGCAAGCUGAACAAGAACCGGCAGAGACUGCGCUAUGAUAACAACAACCAGAAUAAGGGUAAACCUGAUUUGAACACAUCACUUCCAGUCAGACAGACGGCGUCCAUCUUUAAGCAGCCCGUCACCAAGGUUACUAACCAUCCCAACAACAAAGUGAAGACAGAUCCUCAGAAAGCCGUGGAUCAGCCCAGACAGCUAUUUUGGGAGAAAAAACUCAGUGGUCUUAAUGCUUAUGACAUCGCAGAGGAGCUGGUGAAAACAAUGGAACUGCCAAAAGGCCUCCAAGGUGUUGGUCCAGGCUGCACAGACAAGACUCUUCUGUCGGCUAUUGCGAGCGCCCUCCACACCAGCGCCGCUCCCAUCACUGGCCAGCUGUCUGCUGCUGUGGAGAAGAACCCGGGAGUCUGGCUCAACACCGCGCAGCCGCUAUGCAAGGCCUUCAUAGUCACUGAUGAGGACAUCAGGAAACAGGAGGAGCUGGUGUACAGUGUGAGGAAAAGGCUUGAGGAGGCACUGAUGGCUGAUAUGUUGGCCCACGUCGAGGAGGCUGCCAACGAAGGAGAAGCUCUGAAGGAGGAAGGCAACGGCAGUGAAGACAUGGACAGCGUAUAGCACAGGGUUUUGUGAAGUCCAGAUGGGUUCGUUCAACACCUGCGCACACACAUGACCAUGAACAUUAGGAGCCCUACAUCAGUCCAGCCCUGAAAAACUUUCCCUUGGUAUCUGCGUCCAACUUAAACCUAAACCUGACUUACACCAGUACAACUUAAAAAAAACAAAAAACUGUCUUACCCCCCAAACUUGGAGUCUCAAACACGUCCAUUCAUCUUAAACCCCGCCAGAUGGGACUCUUGACUUCAGCGCCCGUGAAAUGGCGCAAUUCUGAGCCAAGUUGAUUUCGACUAGGAAAUUCAAAAAAUUUCCCCCCCAAACAAGAAACGACAUCAAAAGAACUUUCAGAUAUUAAAAACAACGUAUCUACAGUGGGUCAAAUUCAGUGUUCGAUGAGAAGUGUAUUUUCUACUAAAAGGCUUUGAAUGAGUUUGCUUUUUUUAUUUUUAUUUUUUGCAAUCAGAUCAAAUCCAAACACUUUAUGUCAGCAAAUUUGUUUUAGGACAGAUUGGAAAUGAAUGUUUUGUAUUUUCAUGUCUCUCUCUUGAAUUUUUACUAAGCACUCCAUGAGUAAUAUGACACAACACACACAGACUGUUGAGAUUAAACUAUACCGAGUUGAGCAAAUUUAAUCCAGCCUGCAGCGGUUUAGUAAAGGUGGCUGAUGUUACUGAUGCGGUCGGUGUAGUCUGAAUCUCGUGUGCACCCAUUUGAGGGGACAGAGUCAAGUUUUUAUUGUUGUAAUUUCAAGGAAAUAUUCUCUUAUUCUCAUGUCAGCGGUGUUUAUCCUGUGAGUCAUAUUCAGUAUUGACCAAAGAGGAGACGUGUCAUUUUGAGGGAGGGUUUAGGUCGUUUGUGUAACUCAAGUCUGCUUUGUAUUUAAAUGUAAUUAUAUUAGCCCUGCUGUUAUACAACUAAACACGAGGAAAGUAAUAAGUACACAUAGCGGGGCUGAGCACAAUGGCAAAGGAAAUGACUUGAAACCUAUUUCUGUUGUACAAUUAUUACUGUUUUUAACUGUCUUCGGCAUUAUAUAGGUGCUUACUGAUGUUGUGAAACAUUGCUGUUGUGUGCCAAGGCUUUGUUUCCUUCAUAGCUUCAGUCCGUGUUUCUUUAAAAAAAAAAAAAAAAAAAAGUGUCAAUGUUACCACACACAUGCUGCCUCCUCGCACAAAACUGGUGACAAAGCAAAUUACAGUCAAGAUUUAGUUUUAACGUCAUGUCAUUUAUUAUCAGAGAAAUAAUGGCUUUGUAUUUUUUAUCCCCGUUUGUCAAGGUUUGAUGGUGAAUAAUGUAUCCAGCUGAAAUCAUGAAAUUCCCUUCUCAAUAUCAGCAGGCUGAUUGCUGAAAUGAAUUUGAUUGUAUUGCUUAUUAAAAUGAGUCGGUAUAUCACUAAA